GCGCUGUGCCAACCAGGCCGACGCUGUUACUUUUUUGUGCUGUAGUCAUGGCCGCUGUUUCCGUGUUUCGUGUUGCUGUUGUGCUCUUCUUCUGCAGGCUUUGCAGAGCUGCCGGGGAGGAGAGUGAGCCAGGCUUACACGUGUUCGGUCUGCUCAAGGAAGAGUCGGAAGCUGAGUUGCUCUUCGUCCAUUCCGCUUGCAGACUCAUUCACACCAAUAUUCAGGUGGUGCGAGGAUGGUGCACGGCGGCGAGCUGCGUGGGCCUGGGCCUUCUGAGGGACCAGCUGAGGAGCCUGCCCGAGGACGACUGGGUCAUCCUUAACGACCUGAGGCAAGGCUUCACCCACGUGAUGGCAAGACCGAAGGACGUGAAGGAUCAGCUGAUGGCCUCGGGGCACUCGCUGAUCCUGGUCCCGCGGCCUCACACGCCGGGGCUGAAGGAGGCGAUGGAGAAGCAGAUGGCGGAGGCGCUGAAGGAGAAGGAAGGAAAGGCACCCGGGGAAGGAAAGGGAGAUGGAGGGAAAGAGGAGAAGGCCAAGAAAACGGGAGAUAAGGCAGAAGUCGAUGAGGCAGCGCUUCAGAAGGCCGUGUAUAACGCCUUGAAGGGAGGGUCAGUCAUCGGUCGAGUAGGCGUGGUCCUCAAAGUCCUGGAAACGGGCGUGGCUAAUAAAGAAGAGGGCGGGGCCAAGGAAGUGACAAAAGCUUUCACCGACACGAAAGCUGAGUACGUUUUCUUCGGUGGCAGACAGCUGGGUGAAAUGAGCAUCCAGGUGCCCAUCAGGGUCAAGUUCAUCCCCGCAGAGGGCGCAGAAGAAGAGGGAGAAGAAGGCAAAGGAGGCGAAGGAGGCGAGGGAGACGAGGGUGCAGCAGGGAGAAAGAGGUCUCCCACCACUCCCUUCCUCAUUCACACCGACGAACAGAAGCCUGAAGUCUACAACAUGAUCGAGGCCAUGGGAGAAGGUCCUGCCAGCUGCCCCCACGAGGUCGUCGACGCUAAGAAGAAAACGGACGACAGCGCGGGAGAAGCAGGAGGCGCAGCAGAAGAAGAAGGAGAAGGAGACGAGCGGCCUCCUCGCGUCCUCGUGGCCGUCCUCCUGGCUGGAUCCUGGGCGCCCUUCUUGCGAGAGGUCCUCCAAGGGCUCGAGGAUCAGGAUUACCCGAAGGACAGAAUGGGCAUCUGGAUUCAUGCUAAGCCGGGCUUGCAGGAGGAAGAGAUCGAAGCCUUUAGAACAAAGAACAAGGAUCUCUACGCGGAUCUGGAAGUUUCUACGGAGGAGGCAGUUACCGUGGAUAUCCUCAGGGGCAAAUGCGACGAGCUGAACUGCGGCUACCUCGGGGUAAUGCACGCGGGGGCAUACCUGGAGCAUCGGGGCAUCCUCUCCAGCCUCGUCAGCGCCAACAGGCCGGUGGUCGGGCCUCUCCUGUUUCAGCGCAAGACGAAGGAGUCGAACUUGCUUUACUCUGAAGAAACUCCGGCUGAGUGGCAGAGGCUGAUCAGGCGUCAGAAAGUCAGAGGAGUCUUCAUGGUGGAAGAAGUUCGACACUUCAACCUGAUACAAAGAAAUUACAUCAAGGCGUUUGCUGACGGAGAGGAAAUUGGCAGGUUCGUGGACACUCGCAUCAACGCAGGCACGAUAGUGGAUCCCCGCGGCUACAAGGAAGGCAAGCAAAACCCUGAUUUGUGGGGAAUCAAGCACAACAACUACAUGUGGACGAGGCGCUACAUCCAUCCCGAUCUUCUGAGGAUUAUUCGGAAGGAGAUGGAGCCGGAGGAGAUCGCUGCCUACCUGUACUACGUGCCCUUUUACUCCGAAGCCUUCUGCAGGGAGAUCGUCGAUGAGAUGGAAUUCUUCGGGAAGUGGCAGGAUGGAGAGGAGGACACCAGGGACGUCGCUCACCAGUACACGAGCAGAAACAUCAACCUCGAGGAUAUCGACUACGACUCCGAGUACUUCGUCAUCCUUAAUAGUUUGCAUAAGGAACUUUUAGCUACUCUCUAUAGCGACUACAGAGCGUAUGCGGAGCCUUCCCUUAUCUUCGUGCUAAAAUACGCAGAUAACACCAAGUAUAACACAUUCAAGUAUCACCUGGACGGCGCUUCUUACACGUACAACAUAGCACUCAAUAACGACUUCAUUGGCGGGGGCCUCGAGUACCGCAUGGGCAACAGAUACUUCGGCGAGGAGAAGGAGUUCCACGUUCCCCACAACAGAACCGGAUGGGCGGUCGUCCAGCCCAACCGGCCUCUCCACGUGCACAGAGGAGUGCCACUCGAAUCUGGCACUCGCUACGCUAUGAUCAACAUCAUUGAAACCAACGACGCAGGCAGUAAAGGUGGCCCGACGUGGCUCGUGUCCUGAAAUGUGUUCGAGUAUGACCUCCUGAGAGAGAGAAAAAAUCGUUUACAUUUUUUUUUUUUUUUUUAAACUGUGGAUCAGAAUGUUUUGAAAAUAAAUCCAAAUUGUUGAUGUGGAUGAUAAAAAAAAAUAAAAAAUAUAUAAUUGAUAUUUCUAUUUAUCUGCUUUGAGUGAAGAUUUAAUUGUGUUUAAUAAAACAAGAAAAUGGAAUUAGUAUAUUAUGUUAGCUACAUAUAAUUACUCAUAAUUAUAAAUGUUUAU